AACAACAGCAAUGGAAAUAGCAUGGUGAAAGUUUAGGCUUACAAUCUGAUGACAAAUUGCAAGAAUGUUAUUAAUAUUAUUAUUAUGUUAACACAUGCAUGUUUUAAAUAUAUUUCAGUUGAACCAGUUCUGGGAAUAUACGUUUCAGUGUAGAUUUGCCCCACCUCCAGCAGGUUGGGUUGAUGCCGGAGGAGCAUUAUGCACUGGAUGGGAAGAUCUAGAGAAGGUGGAGACUGAGUUUUUGGAUAUUUUAAACCUCAGACCAGAGUAUAAUGUGUACAAGGCUGUGUAUGCUCUGGCAUACGCCCUUGAUGACAUGCUGCAGUGUGAGCCAGGGAGAGGGCCUUUCAGUGGGCAAAGCUGUGGCAGUUUGCGAAGACUGGAGCCAUGGCAGUUAGUGUAUUACUUGCAAAAGGUCAACUUCACAACACCGUUUGGUGAUCAAGUGUCAUUUGAUGAGAAUGGUGAUGCCUUACCAAUAUAUGAUAUCAUGAACUGGCUGCGACUACCUGAUGGAAGAACUAAACUUCAGAAUGUAGGUGAAAUUAAGAGAUCUGCGUUCAAAGGAGAAGAACUCACAAUUGAUGAAGACAAAAUCUUCUGGAAGUUUGAAUCAAAAAAGCCACCCCGAUCAGUGUGCAGCGAGAACUGCCCUCCAGGUACACGCAUGGCCAUAAAGAAAGGGGAACCUGUGUGCUGUUUUGACUGCAUCCCUUGUUCUGAGGGAAAGAUCAGCAAUAAGACUGACUCCACUGAGUGCAUCAGUUGUCCAGAGGACUUCUGGUCUGGCCCCAAUCGUGACCGCUGUGUUCCUAAGAAAACAGAAUUCCUCUCCUACCAUGAGCCUCUGGGUAUCGGCCUGACAGCUGCCUCAUUACUGGGCACAUUUAUCUGUGCUGUUGGCUGA